UUGAUGAUGAAGUCCGGCUUGAAGUUGAUUGGGUUCCCAUGGAUGAACAAUUAAACCCAGGAGAACUUGAAGAAGUUAUUAGAUCAAAGGAAGCACAUUCUAGGGCAGUUGUGCUUGAGAGUGACGAGGACUUGCAUACAAUAUUUUCACGCUUUGGAACUGUAUCAUUGGCUAAAAUCAUCCGUGAUCACAAGACUGGUGACAAUUUAUGCUAUGCUUUUAUAGGUCAGUAUGUAUGCCCACAAUCUGUGUUAAAUUUAUGCAGUUUUAAAUUCAUGCAGGAACAAUUUUACAGUGAAAUUUAUGCAGUUUUAACCUCUUUAAAUUGGCCUUUAAUUCCUUUGCUACACUACAGUGGUCCAAAUUAUUUGUAUUAUUCAUUAUUCAUUUACAUUUUUAAAUUAUGAAUAUGCUUAAAUUAUAUGUAUCUAUAAAUUAAUAUGCCUCAUGAGAUUUCUUAAUGGGAAUCUACAUUUUCCUGGUUUUUAGAAGGAUUGAAAGGUUAUUGUUAGAAGCUAUGAAGCCUAGACUCGGACACGAACACGGAACACGACACGGAUACGAGGACACCGUUAAUGUAAAAGACAUAGGAC